AUGGGCGAGUCACCCGACAGUUACUGUGGGAAGUGGGGAAAUCCGUACUUGAGAGAUAUAGUGGGUCUGUAUGACGAAGGCGGUCAGCUGGCCACGGGGAUCCUGACCCGGAUCAUGCAGAGAUCGGUCACAGUAGCCUUUGAUGAGUCCCAUGAUUUCCAGCUGAGCUUAGACCGAGAGCGUGCCUACAGACUGUUAAAACUCGCCAAUGACGUCACUUAUAAGCGGCUGAAAAAAGCUCUCAUCACCCUAAAGAAGUAUCAUUCUGGCCCCGCGAGCUCCCUCAUAGAGGUCGUCUUCGGUGGAUCACCCCCCAGUCCUGCCAGUGAAACCCAGCCGCCGCCGUUCUGUAACACCUCCCUGGAUGCCUCCCAGAAGGAAGCCGUCUCCUUUGCGCUGUCCCAGAAGGAACUUGCCAUCAUCCACGGGCCUCCUGGCACUGGGAAGACCACCACUGUGGUCGAGAUCAUCCUUCAGGCUGUGAGACGGGGCUUAAAGUUGAAGAACAGGCAGACCCAGGAUAAGAGACAGAAGAGUAGUUUCUGGAACGAAAUCAAGCUGUUACGGAAAGAGCUGAAGGAGAGGGAGGAGGCCGCCAUGCUGGAGAGCCUCAGGUCGGCAGCCGUGGUGCUGGCAACGAAUACAGGCGCUUCUCCCGACGGCCCUCUGAAGCUGCUGCCCGACGGCCACUUCGACGUGGUGGUCAUCGACGAGUGCGCCCAGGCCCUCGAAGCCAGCUGCUGGAUCCCCCUGCUGAAGGCCGGGAAGUGCAUCCUGGCCGGAGAUCACAAACAGCUGCCGCCCACCAUCGUGUCCCCCAAGGCUGCGGCGGCGGGCCUGGCGCUCAGCCUGAUGGAGCGCCUGGUGGCGGAGCAGGGCGCGAGCGUGGUGCGGACGCUGACGGUGCAGUACCGCAUGCACCAGGCCAUCAUGCAGUGGGCCUCCGAGGCCCUGUACCACGGGCGGCUCACGGCCCACCCUUCCGUGGCGGGCCACCUCCUGCGGGACCUCCCUGGGGUGGCCGCCACGGAGGAGACGGGCAUCCCCCUGCUGCUCGUGGACACGGCCGGCUGCGGGCUCUUUGAACUCGAAGAGGACGACGACCAGUCUAAGGGGAACCCUGGAGAGGUGCGUCUCGUCAGCCUGCACGUCCAGGCCUUGGUGGAGGCUGGCGUCCGAGCGAGCGACAUUGCCGUCAUCACACCGUACAACCUCCAGGUGGACCUGCUCAGGCAGAGCCUCGCUCACAGGCACCCCGAGCUUGAAAUUAAGUCGGUCGAUGGCUUCCAGGGCCGAGAGAAGGAGGCUGUGGUCCUGUCCUUCGUCAGAUCCAAUAGGAAAGGCGAAGUGGGUUUCCUCGCCGAGGACCGGCGGAUCAACGUGGCCGUCACCCGCGCUCGGCGCCACGUGGCAGUCGUGUGCGAUUCGCGCACCGUUAACAACCACGCCUUUCUGAAGACCCUGGUGGAUCACUUCACGGAGCACGGCGAGGUGCGCACGGCCUUCGAGUAUCUCGAUGACAUCGUCCCUGAAAACUACUCCCACGAGAGUUCCCAGGGCCACGGCCAAGCUGGUGCGAGGCCCCGGGGCCCUGCCGCGGCUGCCGGGAAGCCUCCUGGAAGCUGGAUGCGGGAGGGGGUUCGGGAGGCCCCGGCCGCCGCCGGGCUGCGGCGGAAGACGCCUGGCGGGAAGCCCUUGGGCCCUGAGGUCAGUUCUCAGCCCAGCCUCAACGGAGGCGGCCUCUGCCCGGAGGCCGCGGACGGCAGAGACCGCGCGGACCGCUUCAGGGCUGAGAUAGCGGAGUUUGUGGCGAGUGAGAACACGCGGCUGGAGUUUCCCGCGUCCCUGAACUCACACGACAGGAUGUGGAUCCACCAGAUAGCAGAGGAGCACGGGCUGAGGCACGACAGCACCGGUGAAGGGAAGAAGAGGUUCGUAACCGUGAGCAAGAGGGCCCCGCCUGCCCCGCCGCCUCCAGCGGGCGGCCCCACGGCCCCUGGCCCCACGGAGGCGGAGCCCCCUCCCGGGGAGCAGAGUGGCCGGGACCCCCCGGAUCUGAAGGCUCUGCACCUGGAAAGGCUGCAGAGGGAGAAGAGCCGGCGGGAGCCACAGGCCGAGCAGGGGCAGCAGGCCUCGCGCUCAGGGCCACGCAAGUUACCGGAGAAGAAAAAGAAGAAAGAAGCAAAAGGUCAGAGCGUGACCCAGCAGGACAGGUCCCCAGAGGCUGUGCCGAGGUCCCAGCAGCUGAGAAGCAGAGGCCAGUCUGAGCGGCCCCCUCGGGCCAUGGCUGGGGGCCCCCGCGGGGAAGGGUGCCACUGA